UGUGUCGUUCAUUUACAGAAAGUCAUUCAGAAACACUGCUGCUGAUUUAAUAUCAAAGGCCAGAUGUCCCUCGUAGCUCGUGUUACUAAGGUGGGCUUGGUGAUAUAAGGUGUUAUAAACACUGUGUAUAAUGCCUUAUAAUGUUUAAUUAGAAGAUUUUAAGCAUAAUCUUCAUAGAUACAGUGACAAGUUUUUUAUUUUUUUCAUUUUUUUUUUUCAUUUCUAAAGGUGCUUAGGUAAGUAGAGAAAGAAAUCCAGAUGUGUUCUGCAGUUCUUGAACUCCUACAUCUGGAUGCAAAUUAACAUUUUUCUUUUGGCAACUUUUUCCCACUGUUAUUUAUUUAUUUUUGCUGCUUUGAGGAUUAAAAUAAUCGAAUAAAAUCGGUUCGUGAUUAAAAUCCUCCUCCGUCCCUCUGAUAGUCAGUGUUAGAGGUGUUAAAGGAAAGCAUUAACAUGUGCAGAUGUUGAAAAAUGGCCAGCUGCAUCUUUAAGACCCCUCCUCCAUCUCCUCCUCCUCCUUCUCCAGCUCCUCCAUCAGCAGCCGCUCUCUCUCCGCUCUCUCUCCGCUCUCUCUCCGCUCUCUCUCACACCGGGUUGGUAUUUUUUCCCCCUUCCUCACAGUGAUGUGGGUUUCAGCAGGAGCACAAUGACAGAGCUCAGAGGAUUAAGAUCAGGAUCAGGAAUGUGAAAGAUGCCCGCUGUGGAUCUGGGAUUCAGUCGGGAUUGGUUCGGAGAACCGCACAGCUGGGAAUACUGAUCUACCGGAGGAGGCAGAGGACGAGGAAGAAGCAGUGAAGAUGAUGUGCGAGGUGAUGCCCACGAUCAGCGAGGACACGGCCAUGAGCCAGCGAGGUUCUCAGAGCAGCUCCUCGGACCCGGACUCGCACUUUGAGCAGCUGAUGGUGAACAUGCUGGACGAGCGAGACCGUCUCCUGGACACGCUCCGAGAGACACAAGAGAGCCUCGCCCUCGCACAGCAGCACCUGCAGGACGUCAUGUAUGACCGGGACUCGCUACAGCGCCAACUCAGCUCUGCACUGCCACAGGAGUUUGCGGCCCUGACGAAAGAGCUGAAUGCCUGCCGAGAACAGCUGCUGGAGAAAGAGGAGGAGAUCUCCGAGCUCAAGGCUGAGAGGAACAACACCAGGCUGCUGCUGGAGCAUUUGGAGUGUUUGGUGUCUCGUCACGAGCGCUCUCUCAGGAUGACGGUGGUGAAGCGACAGGCUCAGUCUCCAUCAGGAGUCUCCAGCGAGGUGGAAGUUCUCAAAGCUCUCAAAUCCCUGUUUGAGCAUCACAAAGCUCUGGAUGAAAAGGUGAGAGAGAGGCUACGUGUGUCCCUUGAAAGAGUCUCUGCCUUGGAGGAGGAGCUAACUGCUGCCAAUCAGGAGAUCGUUGCCUUAAGGGAACAGAAUGCACACAUUCAGAGAAAAGUGGCAUCGGGUGAAGGAGCUGAGGACCUGCUCGAAGGAGACGCACAGAAAGUCCACAGCAAGCGCUUGUCAAACGGCUCGAUGGAGUCUGGAGACGAGGCAAGUCAGGUGGUGGAGCUGCAGGAACUUCUGGAGAAACAGAAUUAUGAACUGACCCAGAUGAAGGAGAGGAUGUCAUCUCUGUCCUCUCGCGUUUCUGAGGUGGAGCAGGAGCUGGAGACGGCGCGUAAAGACCUCAUCAAGAGUGAAGAUAUGAACACCAAAUACCAGAGAGACAUCAAAGAGGCUAUGUGUCAGAAGGAGGACAUGGAGGAGAGGAUCGUGACUCUGGAGAAACGUUACCUCAGCGCUCAGAGGGAGUCCACAUCACUGCACGACAUCAGUGACAAACUGGAGAACGAACUGGCCAAUAAGGAGGCUUUUCUUCGACAGAUGGAGGAGAAGAACAGGCAGCUGCAGGAGAGGUUGGAGUUGGCUGAACAGAAGCUGCAGCAGACGAUGAGGAAAGCAGAAACUCUGCCGGAGGUAGAGGCAGAACUCGCACAGAGAAUAGCAGCACUCACCAAGGCAGAGGAACGACACGGCAGUAUUGAGGAGCGAAUGAGGCAUCUGGAAGGGCAGCUGGAGGAGAAAAACCAGGAACUUUUACGGGCUCGUCAGAGAGAGAAGAUGAACGAGGAACACAACAAGCGUUUAUCGGACACGGUGGAUCGUCUCCUCACGGAAUCUAACGAGCGUCUACAGCUCCAUCUGAAGGAGAGGAUGGCUGCUCUGGAGGAGAAGAAUGUAUUAAUACAAGAUUCGGAGAAUUACAGGAAGCAGCUGGAAGACUCCAUUCACGAAAAGUCCCAGUUGGCGGAGGAGAUGGACAAAAUGAGGGCUGAACUCGAUCAGUUCCGAAUCAGGGUGGAGCCAACACUGUCACGGUCUCACCUGGACGCCUCCUCAGAUCUGCGUUACUCUCUCGGUUCUCUUGCUGACUCUCAGUCUGAUUACCGCUCCACUAAAGUGAUGCACCGAACAAGAAGAGGACGCAUGGGGCUACGCCGUGACGAACAGAAGGCGAAGUCUCUGGGCGAACACGAGUGGCGCUCGCAGCAGCUCGGCGUGUUGGGCUCGCACCCGUUCGAGAGCGAUACCGAGAUGUCAGACAUCGACGACGACGAUCGGGAGACGCUGUUCAGCUCGAUGGAUUUGCUCUCGCCCAGCGGACAUUCGGACGCACAGACCCUCGCCAUGAUGCUGCAGGAACAACUCGACGCCAUCAACAAAGAGAUACGGUUGAUUCAGGAGGAGAAGGAGUGUACGGAGCAGCGGGCGGAGGAGAUCGAACACCGUGUAGCCAGUGUGAGUUUAGAGGGAUUGAAUCUGGCGCGUUCGCUCAUCACCGCCUCGGCUACGGCGUCAUCGCUCGCAUCAUCAUCACCACCCAGCGGGCACUCGUCCCCCAAACACACACCCCGCAGCCCCGCCCGCGACAUGGAGCGCAUGGGGGUCAUGACACUGCCCAGUGACCUGAGGAAACACCGGAGAAAGAUCGCAGCCGUGGAUGAGGACGGCCGAGAGGACAAAGCCACCAUAAAGUGUGAGACGUCUCCUCCUCCAACGCCUCGUCAUGUCCGCAUGACACACACACUGCCUGCUUCCUCUCACAACGACGCACGUCUGGCCGCAGCAUUAGAGGCUGAUGCGGCUCUGAGCAGUGUAGCCAGCAGUCAGGACUCACUCCAUAAACAACCGAAGAAGAAAGGCAUCAAAUCAUCCAUCGGCCGCUUGUUUGGCAAAAAAGAGAAAGGACGACUGGGACACAUGGGGAAAGAGAUGAUGGGACCAGGACCAGGUGGAAUUUCAGAUGUGGAGUUGCUUGCUCAGGAAAUGGCUGUGGGGAAACUGGGCACUCAGGCUGAGAAAGACCGCCGCAUAAAGAAGAAGCAUGAGUUGCUGGAGGAGGCGAGGAGGAAAGGAUUGCCUUUCGCGCAGUGGGAUGGUCCUACUGUUGUCGCAUGGCUGGAGCUGUGGUUAGGAAUGCCGGCGUGGUACGUGGCAGCGUGCCGGGCGAAUGUGAAGAGCGGCGCUAUCAUGUCGGCUCUGUCCGAUACGGAGAUCCAGCGCGAGAUCGGCAUCAGUAACCCGCUGCACCGCCUCAAACUGCGCCUCGCCAUCCAGGAAAUGGUGUCACUAACCAGCCCGUCGGCCCCGCCCACUUCCCGAACCCCGUCAGGCAAUGUGUGGGUGACGCAUGAGGAGAUGGAAACACUCGCGGCUCCGUCUAAAACGAAGUCAGAGUCUGAAGAAGGAAGCUGGUCUCAGACAUUAGCAUACGGGGACAUGAAUCAUGAGUGGAUAGGUAACGAGUGGCUGCCCAGUCUUGGCCUACCUCAGUAUCGCAGCUACUUCAUGGAGUGUCUGGUGGACGCACGAAUGCUGGAUCACCUGACCAAGAAGGACCUCCGAGUUCAUCUCAAAAUGGUGGACAGCUUCCACAGGACCAGUCUUCAGUACGGGAUCAUGGGUCUGAAAAAGCUCAACUACGACCGCAAAGAACUGGAGAGACGGCGAGAGAGCAGCCAGCAUGAGAUGAGAGACGUGCUGGUAUGGAGUAAUGAGCGCGUGAUUCGUUGGGUUCAGAGUAUCGGGCUCCGUGACUACGCCAACAUCCUUUUAGAGAGCGGAGUUCAUGGAGCGCUGAUCGCCCUCGACGACAACUUCGACUACAGCAGCCUCGCCCUGUUACUGCAGAUCCCCAACCAGAACACUCAGGCUCGUCAGAUUCUGGAGAGAGAGUAUAACAACCUGCUGGCGUUGGGAACAGAGAGACGGCUAGACGAGGAUUUCCGUGGACCGUCGUGGAGGAGACAGUUUCCCCCGCGUGAUAUUCACGGGAUCAGUAUGAUGCCCGGAUCAGCAGAGACACUGCCAGCUGGGUUUCGCCUCACAACAUCAGCACACACACACCGAAUUCCAGCAGACGUACAGCGAUUGGACAGUUCCACUGUGAGGACAUACUCAUGCUGAGAGAGGGACAACAGGGACGCGCAACUACGUGCUGCGUCGCUGAGUGUGAUGGUGACGUCGGGGAACAGAGAUCUGCUCUUACACACACACACACACACACACACGCACACACAUACACACUGCCAAGAGAACACGCGUUGCCCGGACGGGGCCCAAACUGUAAAGCGCCACGGUGCUCUCCUGCCCCGCCCUCAUGCCCCGCCUCCUGCCCCGCCCGCUCGACACCAGAGUGACUGUACAGGAUUAUAGAUACACAAUUUUAUAUACAAAUCUCUAUCAUCUACAGACACACUGCUGUAUACAACACUGACUUUAUUCCUUCUGACUCUGUGCACAUUUAACAUCAUACGCUUUUAUUUCUUUCUUCCACGCCUCCUGCUCUCUCUCUCUCUCACACACACACACACACACACACACACACACACACACGCACACACACACACACACACACACACACACACGCACACACACACACACACCUGACUCAAAUUGCCCUGGUCAGUGUGUUAGAAGAGCGUAAACAUGAAUGUGUGAUGGUGUAAGAGGUUAAACACUGCUGCUUUAAGAAACUACAUGCUGUUAGAGUUUUAAAUUCCAAGUGCACUACCACAAACUGUUUUUAUUUGAUCAGUUAUUCACGAAUAUUCACUACUAAUGUGUCCAGUAAUGUGUCCUGUUAUUGGAUAAAAUAAAUAACGCGUAGAGAGAGUUCGUGCCGGGAAAUCAGUUUCAACGCAUCGUUUCACUUCAAAGAUUUCGUAUUGAAUUUUAUUUGAAUAUUAAUGUGUUUAUAAUGUUAUACUGCCACGGACAGAGUGAUUAGCAGUAGCUACACAACACCUUUAUAGCACAAAAAGAGUAACUUUAUUAGUUACACUUUGUUCCACGUUUGUUUUUCAACCCUAACGAUGCAAGAUUUUUGACCCCUUUCGGCUUCCGCACACUGAGACCUCACUUUUGUUCAUUUUUUUAAUGCCCUGAAUAUUCUGUCUUUUUUUUAAAUUAUUAUUAUUAUUAUUAUUAUCUGUUCAAAUCUCACUAACACUAAGAAAUCAUUACUGUACUUCAAGGUGUUCCACAGGGUUCUGUUCUGGGCCCGUCUCAUUUUUAUUAAUUACGUUACCCUGUGGUCAUGUUACAAUGUGCCAUCUCAGUGCUAGUUUUUACUGUUAUGCCACAGAUGCCUACAUUUACAUUAAUAUGGACUUCCACAUCCCAGCUGAACCAUGCUAACAUUCAGCUCAUGAAGAACAUGUUGUACUUAAGUAACAUUACCUAACUAAAGCUACCCAAUCAAGUUAUGUUACUAAACUUUAGUAAAAAGGAAGUAACAGUACAGAAGUUAAGACAGUAAAGCAAGGAACAUUACUAAAGUUAAUCUAGUAAUAGAAGUAAUAUUACAAAACAAGCAAUUUAACAUUACUAAACCUAAAAUAAACGGAAGUAACAUUACAGAAAUGAAGCUAGUGAGGAAAGUAGCAUGGAGUGUUACACAAUUUACACUACAACAGUAUGUAAUAUUACAUAACUACGUUACUACAUUUAAGCUCAAAGGAAGUGAAGCAAUCAAUAUUACUAAGAUUAGGCUAGUAAAGUGAUCUAACAAAACCAGCCAGUGAAAAAAGUUAACAGGACGGCGCGUAAGCUAGUGUAGAAAGUAAUGUUAGUAAGUUAAGCUAGUGAAAAAAAUAAGAAAUAACUCUACUAAAGAUAUGAUGGUAAGUAACAUUACAAAACAAGACAGUAAAUCAAGUAAUGUUACGGAACUUAAACUGAAGGAGAAUAAGUUAAGCUAGCGAUGUUACGUCACUACCUUAACUUUAGGAACGCUACGAAUUUAAGCUAGCCAAGCUAGUAAACAAGUGAGAAAGGAAGGAACCGUACAGAAGUUAAGAAAGUAAAAAGUUAAGCUAGUAACAUAAGUAAUAUCACAAAACAAGCAGAGUAAGAGCACAAGCUAGUGAAGCAAGAAAACGUUACUGAUCUUAAGAUAAACGGAAGUACGAGUUCUGCAGGAGUUAAGCUAACGAAGAAAAGAACAAAAUUGCUGCUAGUGAGUAGAAUUACACUACAGGCCAGUGCAUUAAUGACGUCUUUACUGGCUUGUUAAGUGAAAGUUCAGCUAAAAAGAAGCGCAGUACAGACGUUACAGAGGAGUAAGUAGCAUCACAAAACAAGCUGGUGAUGUUACUCAUGUUGAGCUGACGGACGUUAAGCUAGAAAUGCUACUUCAGAAUGAGAAUCAGAAACACUUUAUUGCCGCGAGUUGUGUAACAAAAAACAUGCAGUGCAGCGAACACCACGUAUACGCAGUACAGAGCGGAGAUCAGACCGGUCCUGCUGGAUUUAGCGAUCUAGCCAUCGCGGAAAUGAACGCAAAGUCAAGGAAACGCCACAAUAUUCAGAGGAGCUCGCAAAUUUUUCAAAAUCGCUGCAGAUUUUCUGUAAAUUUGAACAUGAGUACAGAUAAAAAGGUCUCGUUCACUGCGAAAGAACAACAAAAAAAAAGCACAAAAAGACUCCUGUACGCACGGAUCAGACAGACAACACACAUUCUUUUAGUAAUCCGUUUUUACCUUUUUUUUUUUUUUUUUAAAUGAAGCGAAGGAAUUGGAUCACGACUAAUCUAAGCUGGUGAAGCUACUAAACGAGAAGGCAGGGAAGUAACAGUAUGGGAAUGAAGGCAGUGAAGCAUGUAGCAUUGCUUAAGCUAGUACAGUGAGAUUACUUCAGAUCCCUACUUUAAUUAGGUCCAAUUACCUGUUUUUUUAAAUCCAUGUGUGUAAUAUUACCGAUAGCACAUGAUCUAUAGAGCACAAAAUCUACAGAAAAUCUGCCUUUUUUAAACACCUUCUUUAACUUAAUAAAUCUUAUUCAACACACACGCUUACGUAAAAGUCGGACAUGGCUUUGCUGGGUCUUUCCACGGUACGUGCACUAAAGUACUUAAACAUUCCAAAGCCUUCGAAAAACAUAAACGACGAACGGUUAUGAACAUAACCGUAGCUGUGUAUUAAAACGGUAAGAUUUGUUCUGGCAGUUUGUACCACGUCUUUAAUUAUUCAGAAAAGCCUGUAACCGUCUGACGCAUGAGCGAACGGGUUAAAGCUACCAGCGUUUCGGUGCGAUUUGAUUCCGAGCCGUUUCGAUAGGGUGCCACGUGACACGAGGUGAUUCAGGAUGGGACAGUAUUGUUUAAACAGUGUUAGCUUGGAGAAGUGAGAGAGACCACGCCUCCUUUUUUUGGGACUGACGCACAAUCUAAGAGCACAUCCUUUUCGCUGGGUCUCACAGG